AUGGUAAACGCACAUCCAGUGCUUGGAUAUGUAAGACCGAUUCUACCAAAUACCAUACAAUUAGGUUUUGUGCAUAUUGAGUCUGCAAAACCAUUAGAAGAUGGACCACUAAAGACUUUCCUUGAUGAAUCUAAGCAAGGUGUUGUUUACAUGAGUUUUGGAUCGAAUGCACAAUCAAAAGAUUUAGGACCAAAAAUUCAAAAAUUGUUUUUAAACGUUUUUGGAAGUCUAAAUUGUAACUUUAUAUGGAAGUUCGAAAGUGAUGACUUAUCAGACAAGCCUAAAAAUGUAAUGAUUCAAAAGUGGUUUCCUCAAGCUGACUUACUGGCACAUCCAAAUAUAAAACUUUUCAUCACUCAUGGUGGACAACAAUCAAUGGACGAAACUAUUGACAGAGCAGUUCCAACAAUUGUAAUCCCAUUUCUUGGAGAUCAAAUUACAAAUGCAAUGAGAAUGGAGAGGAAAAAUAUUGGAAUGCAUUUGGAACUUCACACACUUACAGAAGAAAAGCUGAAAGCAGCAAUCGAAGAAAUGUUGAAGCCAAAGUACAAAGGAAAUAUUCAGAAGCUCCGAGACUUGAUUUAUGAUGAACCAAUGACAACAAGAGAAAAGGCAGUUUGGUGGACAGAAUAUGUGAUCAGGCAUAAAGGAGCAAAGCAUUUUUACUAUCAUGGCAAGGAAGUUCCGUUUUAUGAAAAAUAUUUCUUAGACUUUGCAGCUUUAUUAUUAAUUACAGCUACGGUUCUGUUAAAAAUAAUUUUGUCCAUAGUUUCCAAAAUUCUCAUAACAAAAAAGAACAAAAAUAAAACAGAAUAA